AUGGCAUCCUACCUCAAGAACGCCUCGUUCCUCCAGAACACCACCUAUAACCUUCCCGUGCUCUCCAUCAUCGGCUACUCCGUGCUGUGCAUCGUCCCGCACUUCGUCGCCGUCAGCAUCGCCUAUGGAGAUGACCCCAGCAAACUCGACAACACCAACCCUCACGGCGCCGAGGGCGAACUCGCGUUGAAGAAGAAGCUCGGCCCAAAGAAAUUCGCCGCCUACGAGCGGGCCGAGUCCUGCCAGCGCAACCACUUUGAGAACUUCCCAUUGUUCGUCGCAGCCAUCUUCGCCGGGCUUCUGGCCGAGGAGCGCCUCAAGACUCCUCUUCUCGGCGGUCUGUCUGCGUCUGCGGCUGCCGCUCAGAUUGGCGUGACUGCUUUCUCCGUCGGCUGGCUCGCUCUCCGCGUCCUCUACACCGCCAACUACAUCACUACCACAAGCAAGGCCUUUGCGGCCGUCCGCAGCCUGCUGUACUUCGCUGGCAACGGCUGGGCUUUCACCAUUUUGGUCAAGUCUGCGUACGCUUUGGCCGCAUGA